ACUCAGACGGUGGUAGAACCCUGGUUGAGCAGAGUUCAGGUACCUCUUGCAAAUAGUGAUGACAUUUUACCAAAUACUUCUCCUGUUCUCUGUGGCUGUGGCUCCUGUGGCUGCACACAGUACCCACCGGACAAAAAGAGGGUUACUUGAGCUCGCAGGAGCCAUCAAAUGCAGCACUGGGAGAUCUGCUUUGGCUUACAUGAUGUAUGGAUGCUACUGUGGGCUGGGGGGUGAAGGGUGGCCCCGUGACAGAGCAGACUGGUGUUGUCACAAGCAUGACUGCUGUUAUGGAGAUGCAGAACGUCUUGGCUGCUACACCAAAACGGCCAAAUAUCAAUGGACUUGCGAGGACAGGGAAGCUGAGUGCGAGGAUUUAGAGGACAAAUGUGAGAAGUUUUUAUGCAAGUGUGACAGAGAGGCAGCCAAGUGUUUGAGAAAAGCACCUUUCAUCCAGAAAUACUCUCUAUGGCCGGACUUUCUGUGCGGCCACGAUCACCCAACAUGCAACAUGUACUGACAAAGUAAAAGUAUCUUCCUAUUGAGUGCCUAUUUUGUGAAAUAGUAUAAUAAAUACAUCCAAAACUGUCUAAAUUAUCAGAUUUUCACAGUCAUCAUAUUUAUGAGACAUGGUGGCACUUGCAAAGUAAGUAGCUAUGUGUACAAGUGAGGGUUUAACUAAAGCAGAAAAUUCUAUAGGCUACAUAUGAAAUGCAGAGGAGCGCAGAAUAUCCAAAAAUUGCUCAACAUCACUUCAAUAUAUUUUUACUCAAGUAAAAGUAAAAUUUAGUUGUCCAAGAAACUACUCAAGUAAGAGUAAAAAAGUAUUUGGUAAAAAGUCAACUCAAGUGAGUAACUGAUUAAAUUAUCAAUCAUUUAACGUUUAAAAAUCACAAUCAAAAUAUUAAGCCAAUUGGAAAUUUUGGUUUUUUAAGGAUGAGAACAACAAUAAUUCAUGUAAGUAUCAAAAAAUAACAAAAUUAGGCAAAAGAACAUUUUUCCAAAUCAGUUUCUUUCAGUAGAAAACUUAUGAAACUUUGAUAAAAGCUGCAGGUGUGUGUCUGGUGAGUAUUUGAUUAAAACAUGUUUGUUUUUCAUUUGUGGCUAGAAAAUCCAGAAUUUACUCAAGUAAGAGUAGCAAUACUUCAUAAUAAAAUUACUCAAGGAAAAAUAAAAAGCAUUCAAAAGUUACUCAUGUAAUUGAGUAAAUGUUACUAGUUACCAUCCAACACUGGUGAAAUAAGCCUUUCUCUUCCUCAAAAGAUUAAACUUCUGCAAUUGGCUUUAAGGUCAAGUGUUACAGUUCAAGCCACCACUUCCCACAAAGCUACGGUACUUUUAUAUUGAAGAGCUGCAACCUAGACGUCCACUCCUUACAUGCUAUGUCAGGGUUUGGGCCUUGCUAUCUUUCAAUGGAGCCUAAAGAAACAGGAUGAACUUUACUAAACAACAGUCUGAGCUCCGUUAAGUCUGCAGUGAGAUAAUCAUCAGCAGUUUCGUGUUACUGCCUAAAGGAGUGUUUGGUGCUUUGUGCUCAGCUCUUUUUAAGGUUUUCACAAAAUCACAACCUAGUCACAGUUUGUUGUGCAAUAAUUUUCCAGUGACUAAGCAAAUAGCUGUCAAAUGACCUAAUUUCCUGUCAGGGCUAUAAAAUAUGAAGUUGAAUGUUGGAUUUUCACAAUUUACUUUGUUCGUUUCAGAAGUUCACAAAAACGUCCUCCGAUGCAGUCCUUCCCCACAGUGGAGGCUGGAGACUUUCCAACAUCCCUAAAAAAGUAUCAGCUCAUUAGCUGUGUAUGAAAUCUACGUCUUCAGCACUAGAUGGUGCCAAAUCCACAAACAAACUGCAGGGCAAAACACCCGAGCAAGAGUUUGACAUCAUUUCUGAAAUUGUUUUUAUUUUUUUAUUUUUGAAAGAGAAGACUGUUCUCACUCUUGAGUCAAAACCUUUUACUCCUCUUUCCUACGUAUGUUCUUUCCAUCAACAUGGAAUGUAAUCUAAAUCCGCCCAGAUGUUACUCAGAGCCCUGUUCUUAUGAAGUGGGGAAAACACAGCUUCUUUGUUCAAACAGUGCUCCGUCUGUAAACUUCAACCGAAAUGAGAGAUGCAGUUACUGUAAUGUAUCCAGCUAAGAGCUGAAAGUUGAAUGUCUGAGUCAAAGCCUACAAACACAUGUUCAGUUGUUUUGAACCUUUGCCGUACAAGAAAGUCAAGAGUUGUAAAGUGCAAAAAUAAAGUUACUGGAAGUUCC